GGCAUUCAUCUUCUUCUUGUCGGCCUGAAGUUCUUUUUCCUCAGUUUUUGCGAAUAUUUCUUGUGUUUUGGAAUGUUUGAUUAAAAGUAAGUGUUUGAAAUAGUAGCACCAUGCUACCACCAAACACGUGCCGAACAUGCGCUCUGCAAAACCCCGAUUUACAGCCGCUUUCCGCUUGUUUGGAAAAGGACGCCAAUAAGAGUUUCUACGAGGUGCUCCACGAGCUAACGCAAAUCGAUCCCCUCCAAGAGAGCUUGGACUCCAGCCUACCCCAGCAUUUGUGCAGCGAUUGCUUGAAAAGAUUGGAGAAUGCCUAUUCUUUUGUGCAGCAAGCCAGAAAGGUUAAUGGGGAACUCUUGGUACGGUUGAGGGAAUGCCUUGAUGAGACACCUAUAGACCUACCCCAGGAACAGAAAAUAAAAACGGAAAUUGCAGCCGAUCCAGAAGCAGGAAAUGAGGAUGAGGAGGCCCUUCAAACUCCAACGGUGGAAUGCAAGUGGGAUGCGGAAAGUGACAGUGAUAAUAGGGAGAACCCUGUUACUGCCAGCGAAUCGGAGGAAGUCGAUGAAAAGCCGUAUCAACUGCGAAGAAGUGCCCGUAAGGUCAAGCAGCCAACAGAAAGUGAAAAUGAAGACAUCAACAUCAACGACAAAUCCCCCGUAAAACGCCGGCGAGGACGGCCUCCUGGCAAGGCCAAGAGCCAAUCAUUGACCUCCGAUGGUCGGUAUGCCUGCCAGGCGUGCGGAAAAAGUUUCUCCUGGUACCGCGACAUGCAGCGCCAUUCACGGAGUCAUUUCGACAAAAACAACUUCGUUUGCCGAACCUGCGGAAAGGGAUUUCUGCGUAAGGACAAUUAUGUGUUUCAUCUUCGCAGCCACAACAAAAAAGCGGCUAAGAUGGAGUCCUUAAAGCUGGGCAACGAGUGGAUCUUUGCCGAGCGCUUGUACUCCUCCGGCAGCCCUAAAAGAAUCGAAUGUAAGCUAUGCAACAAUAAGUACGAACGAGUCCAGGAUCUCAGAUGCCAUUUGGACACUCACAUAAGCCUAGACAGUCUACAUGCCUUAUGCCCGGAUAGCGACGUGGUCCGAGAGCAUUACCAAACACACUCCGGCGACAUGGAGCGAAUCAAACAAAUGAUUGUAGCGGAUGUAGCCAAGGGAGUUUUGGAAAAGUUUGCAUCGGUGGUCAAUUUCCAUGGUUAUGAGCUGGAUAUUAAUGACUCCGAUGGGGAAUCCUCUCUAGAAGAUGCCAAAUACGUCUGCGACAUGUGCAAUGUAGGAUUUGGUCGCAAACACCUUUUAGUACGGCACACGCUGGAGGAACACGCUCGUGAUCAGGCAGAUGAGCUACCUUGGCAACGUUGCAGCUUCUGCAAAGUCGGAUUUCUGUCCUCGGCGCUCUACAAUCAGCAUUUGCACCACCAGUGCCACAACAAGCUUAAGAAGUAUCACUGUCGAAAAUGUCCUGGAAAGUUUAUGUGGCUGGAGAACCUCGAAAAACACUCUUGCUCUCAUCCAGCUAACAUGGAACGUCAGAUCUUCUGUACCUUGUGCGACGCCCAAAUGCCCACUCUAGCCAAGCUACGCAUCCACCUCGUUCGCCAUCAAAAAGAUUUUGAGGACUUCAAUCCUGAUCUCCAGACUAUGUUCUUUCAAUCCUUCUAUCCCAAUGGCUUGGAAUGCACUCCCGCAGAACUGAGUGCUCGUAUCAUUGAGGACUUCGAAGUGCAGGACUUUGACCGCUAUUACAACGCUGCUACCUCCAGUGGUCGCGAGCUGGAUAUCUUUGAUUCCGAAACUGAAGAAUCGGAAGCAGAAGAUGGCGAAGCACCGCACCACACCUGUGUUCUUUGCGGAAAGGUGUCAAAGAGGCUAUUGGUCCUACUGCAGCACCAGAAAAGUUUUCAUACCGAGGAAUCAGGUGCCUUGCCCUUCUCUUGUGAAGAUUGUCAAGAGGGAUUUGUGUGCGACGCAUUGCUUCAGAAGCAUCGCAGGCGAUGUAGCGCAAAGAGGCAUUCAAGGUUCCACUGCCCAAACUGCAAUCUACACUUUAUGUGGCAGGGCAACUACGAGAGGCAUCUAAAAGCUCACCACGACCAGGAGGAGAGUCCGGAGCUGGAAGAAAGUCGUUCGUUGAGACCAUGCUCCUCCGCAGCCAAGCUGCAGUGUGAUGAGUGUGAAAAGACUUUUAUUUGGCACAAAGACCUCACCCGCCAUAAGCGCAUUCACCAGACAGAAGUAAAGUAUAAGUGCACCCACUGCGAUCGCAAGUUCCACCGAAAGGAUAAUCUUAAAUCUCACAUGCGGGUGCAUUCCACGGAGCAACAAUCCGAUCAAACGGCAGAGCACACCUUAAAUGGUUCAGAUAAUGAUCCAUCCAUUUUGGGCCAGCUAUGUCGUCCACAUGGCUGCAAGCAGAUCCAAUGCAUGAUCUGCCUUUCCCGACACUCCAAAAUUUCAGAUCUUCGGGCACACCUUACAUCCCACAAGUACUCAGUGACGUUCUCCGAGUUUAGAGAUAUUGCCACCGCAUCAAAAUCCAUGUAUCCUGAACUACCUGCACCUUUGAACAAGUCCCAGCUGGCGGAGAGAAUAAUGGCUGAUGUGGAUAAAGGAUGCGACCUGGACAGAUUCAUUUCCAUCGCCAACGAAUCGGGCUUAGAGCUGACUCUAGAUAGCAGCGAGACAGAUACUGAGUCGGAUCAGGAGGAGAAUCAUUCCACUCACACCUAUACCUGCAAUAUCUGUGGAAUACAGGUCAAUCGAAAAUACCAGCUCUAUGCCCACCACUUGGAAAAGCACACGGGGGCAGAGACCCCCUAUUCAUGCACCCAUUGCCAGGCAAGGUUCCUUGACAAGGCCCUUCUAGAUCACCACUCCCGAACUCUUUGCCGGAAUUCCCAGAAACGAUUCCAGUGCCGCAAGUGCCCGCUUCGAUUUCGUUGGCGAGAGAACUUAAAAUUACACAACAAUGUGGCCCACCAGCCGAAAGAAACUCCGCCUGAAGGAAAAUCCGUAUCCCCCCAGGGCGAGAGCGAUCUGCACUGUAUACCAUGCCAGCGAAGCUUCAAAAUGCAGAAGGAUCUUACGCGACACAACUUGAUGCAUACCCAGGAUUCUAACAUAUAUCGGUGUCGAUGGUGUGCCCGCCGCUUCUACCGUUGGGCUAAUCUCCUCCAGCAUAUAGUACGCCACGGGAUCCGGGCUAACCAAUUGCCCUAUGCUGAGGCUCUUCUUGACUCAUAUGGACAUCCUGGAGGUAACAAGAUCAUCCAAUGUCGCGUUUGCUCUGUAAGUUUUCCCACAAUUGCUGCACUGCGUCUGCAUCUUGAAACCAGCCCGGUGGGCAGUCACCAUGAGCCCUUGUCGCUCCAGAACUACUCUAUAACAAAUCAGAUGGGAUAUGAGCUAACACUGGAGGAUUCUGAAACGGACGAGGAAGGCUGUAAACCACCGGGAGCUCCGGCCUUUUAUACAUGCGGCAUGUGCCAACUGCGGUGUGUGCGGAAAUUCGAGCUUCAACAGCAUCAGCAGGCCAUGCACCGAAUUGAAAAGAUUCCAGACGGUUGCGAUAAAUGCAUCUUCAAGAGCGUGUGCCCAGAACUGAUUGCCCAUCAUGUAAGAACGCAGUGUGGCAACCAGCAAAAGCAUUUUACCUGCACGCGAUGCGGAUACAAGUUUAUGUGGGAAUCCAAUCUUUUGCUUCACAUGCAACUGCAACAUGAGAACAAGGAGGGUGCAGAACAGGACCCUGCCAUCCAGGAAUCGCCUGAUGAGCCGUACAAAGCUACAUGCCAAAUUUUUCAAUGUGGUCUGUGUCCUAGAAAGUACAACCGCAAGGAUCGACUGACGGCGCACAUAAAAAAGUUUCAUGGUCCCAAUGUGGAGAAGACACCCAUGCGGCCACCGAUCUCAGAGCCCAAGGAGCCCAAACGAUUUCUCUGCGCCUUUUGUGGCAAGGCCGUUAGUUCGUCCUCAAACCUAAUCAUUCAUAUGCGGCGUCAUACUGGUGAGAAGCCCUUCAAGUGCGACUAUUGCGAUAUGGCUUUUCCCCGAUCCUCAGAUCUCCAGUGCCAUCGAAGGACGCAUACUGGCGAGAGGCCGCACGUGUGCACGGUAUGCCAGAAGGGAUUCGCCCGAUCCUACAAACUUCAGCAGCAUAUGCGUAUCCACAGCGGAGAGAGGCCCUAUAAGUGUACCUACUGCGAGAAGAGCUUUACCCAGUCCAACGACUUGACCCUCCACAUCCGGCGGCACACGGGUGAACGCCCAUACCAGUGCGGCGUAUGUGGAGAUCGCUUUAUUCAGGGCACCGCUUUGAAAAAUCAUCGCCUACAACAUGGCCACCAUGAGGAUAGCGCCAAUGUCCAGGGCUCGGCAACGGAAAUUACUGCAAGGCGUACGGUCCUAGAAAAGUUUUCUGUCUAAAAGGGAUAGAAGAAAAUGCUUUCCUCCACUCAUAGGUUGAAUAUCCUCAUAUUUUUAUUUCUUUUACGAAACUGUAUUUUUGUAAAAUAGUUGUAAGCUUUCAAUGUUGAAAUUGAAAUACAGUCUUGAAGACUGUCCAGGCACGUGCCUGGUCACAUUGUUUGGUUUAGGGAAGUAGUGUGACCGUAUUUGAUCACCCAUCUGCUUUUAUCUUGUUGCGAAUU